UAGAUACUUUUCAGUCGACGUGUUAUUGAAAAGCCGGGUCGAGGGGAUCGGUUGAAAAUUUGUUUGAAAUAAUAAUUUCUUACUCUUUUGGCUGUCCUGGUCUCAGCAAAUGGCCGACUACAACAACGCUUAUUACCCCCAAGACCAGGGUUUUUACCAGGAUGGGUUUUACAACACGAAUUACGAUCAAAAUCAUCAGCAACAAGGCUAUGAUUACAAUCAGCAGAAUCAAUAUGACCAGCAUGCAGGAAACUACUAUUACGACCCAAACGUUCACCAGCAGCAAGAUUACCCCGGGAACUCCUUUCAGAUGGGAGGAGUGAAGCAAGUAGACGAAGCCCACACGAGCGGUUUUGAGGACGAACCUCCUUUACUAGAAGAGCUAGGAUUAAACUUGGAUCACAUUUGGCAGAAGACCUUGUCCGUUCUUCACCCAUUGAAACCAACAGACCAACAUAUUAUGGACGAUACCGAUUUAGGAGGGCCUUUGCUGUUUUGCCUGGCUUUUGGGGGCAUUUUACUACUCCAUGGCAAAGUCACAUUCGGCUAUAUCUAUGGAUACAGCCUGCUUGGAUGUAUUGCAAUGUAUGCAAUUCUCAAUUUGAUGAGCCUAGCUGAUGUGUCCUUCUCCACAGUUGUCAGUGUGCUUGGUUACUGUUUGUUACCAAUGGUUGGACUGUCUGCCAUUGCCUUGAUUGUGAGCUUGCAAGGUGCACUGGGCUCUGUACUAACUGCCGUGACGAUUGGUUGGUGCAGUCUGGUGUCGUCUAAGCUGUUUGUCAUAGCACUAGGGAUGGAUCACCAGCAACCCUUAGUCGCAUAUCCUUGCGCUUUAUUGUAUGGUGUCUUUGCCCUCCUAACUGUGUUUUAAAUGACUUUAUUUAACCACAUUCACAGAAAUCUUGGCUCAAAGUUUAUAAGGGCCACGAGAGGGCUUCACCAGGACUACAGUAGAAAGAGUAACUGAGGAAUACCUCAGUAUUUAUUGA